CUCUGAACUUUGAUCCCGUUAGCUCAGUACCAACGCCCUCCGAGCUGCUCUGACUGUCAGAGCUGCACGACAGUCAGACGGCCGAGUGCUGCGAGGAGGAACAAACAACCAGCUCAUUUUGACACAGCUUGGAAGCUCUCGAGAUGUACCAACAGACCUUCGUGGCACUUGCGGUGCUGCUCUGCGCUACACACUUGGUGAAUGGAGGGAAAGUCCUGGUGUUCCCUUUGGAUGGAAGCCACUGGGUCAACAUGAAAGUCCUUAUUGAGGAGCUGCACUCCAGAGGCCAUGAGAUCACAGUGAUGCGAUCUAUGGACAGCUGGUACAUCAAGUCAGAGUCCCCUUACUACAAGUCCAUUACGAUUAAUUCCACUUCUGGAUUUAAUGAGGAACAAUUCGGAGAAUUUGUAACCACAAUGAUCAACAUGCAACGGGGCGGUGCUUCCCUGUGGGCACGUUUAUCUUUGGAGUAUGAACUGAUGGAGCAGUUCUAUCAGAUGCAUAAGGACCUGGUUCAGAUGACGGGGGAUAUUUUUGAAAAUGCCAAACUGAUGCAGAGCCUUCGGGAUGCCAAAUAUGAUUUGGUUCUAACAGAUCCUGGAAUUGGUUCAGGGGUGCUACUGGGUCACCGUUUGGGUCUUCCACUUGUCUUGAAUGUUAGGUGGACUAUCCAGGGGGAGGGGCAUCUUGCAAUUGCACCCACACCACUCUCCUAUGUCCCAAUACCAUUGGCUGAGCUGACUGACAAGAUGACAUUCAUGCAGCGGGUCAAAAACAUGCUGAUCUUUCUUUUUACACGUUUACAAAUCUGGUAUGUCACAGAUCCAAACUACAUCCCAUUCGUCCAUCGUUACUUUGGAAAGGACGUACAUUACAUGGAGCUGUUUCAGGCAGCAGACAUCUGGCUGAUGAGGACUGAUUUUAUCUUUGAGUUCCCACGACCCACAAUGCCAAACAUCGUCUACAUGGCAGGAUUUCAGUGCAAACCCUCCAAACCCCUGUCUAAAGAACUAGAGGACUUUGUCCAGAGCUCAGGUGAACAUGGUGUCAUCAUUAUGACAUUGGGAACCCUGGUGGAAAAACUUCCCGAGGACAUCACAGAGGACAUUGCUGCUGCUUUUGCCCAACUUCCCCAGAAGGUGAUCUGGAGGCACAAAGGCAAAAGACCAUCCACUCUUGGCAACAACACCUUAAUGAUGGACUGGCUGCCUCAAAAUGAUCUCCUGGGUCAUCCAAAGACCAGAGCCUUUGUCGCCCAUGGAGGCACCAACGGAGUGCAGGAGGCCAUCUACCAUGGUGUUCCUCUUGUUGGCCUGCCUCUCAUGUUCGACCAGAAGGACAAUUUCUUCAGGAUGAAAGUAAGAGGUGUUGCCAAAGUUCUGGACAUUGCAACUGUGAACAAGGACAACUUCCUGGAGGCUGUUAAGGAGGUACUCCAUGAUCCCUCCUACAGCGAGAAGAUGAAGACAAUGUCUAACCUGCACAGGGAUCAGCCAAUGAAACCACUGGACCGUGCCAUGUUCUGGAUUGAGUUUGUCAUGAGGCACAAAGGAGCGCGGCAUCUGAGGACAGAGUCCUACAAAAUGUCCAAGAUCCAGUACUAUUCAAUUGAUGUGGUGGCGUUUCUAAUAGGAAUCAUAUUGCUCAUAUUGACAGUUUGUAUGUCUACAGUAAAGUUUUUGUGGCGGAGAGUGUUUUGUAGAAGCAAAGCUAAAAAGGAAUGAUAAACUUUAUGCCUUUUAUUCAUGUCAUAUUUUCUUACAAAGACCUAAUUAACAUUUACACUUUUUUGGUACCCUUCUGUUGGGGUCCCAAGGAUACCGAUCCCACCCUAAAGGGUCCCUUUGUUUACUGCGUCCCUGUUCUUCUUCUUGAUCGUUGAACUUAAUUAAUAGUGGGCUACACUGUGUUGGGCUGCUAUGAUGUCACACUAUUACAUGAUGAUACGGCUAUCUCCAUCUGGCUUACACUCCACUCAUCAGAUAAGGGUUCAGCUGGCUGUGGAAACAAGUUCAGUGUUUACCGUACCGAACUGAACCAAACUGAACUGGGGCUCUACAAACUUCACAUUCUCUGCUGAUAGUUCAUGUUUCGGAGUUGUUGUCUGUGUGCUUCCAUUAGUGUUUGUUGUUUCAUAUCUUAACUUUAAAUGAUUUAAAGCCUUAUUUAGAAAAUCUUUACUAAAGUGCAUUUAGUUGAUAGCCAGGUUUUUCAAAGGGAACGGAGGGGCAGUAAGGGACAAGGGAAAGAAAAUGUCUCUCAUAAACACCUGUUCAGACACAACAAUAAAGAAAAUAACAUGAUUCUUCUGAUUGUCUGUCACUGGGGCUUGCAGAUGAUUGAAUAUUGUGUCACGAAUAUGGAUUUGGUGUUCUAGUUUUAUCACUAGUCAAGUUUAAUGCUGUUAGUUUAAAAAUGUAAAAAAUGAGAUGUUUAAUAUUCUUAAUAAAGUUAUGUGUUUAAUAGAGCAGCCUUGUGAGAACUGUUUCUGGGUUAUCCAUCCAUUUUCUUUUAUCGUUUUAUUCCCAUUCGGGGUUUCGGGGGGCUGGAAUUCAGGGGUAACAGUUUGUUCCAAAUAGUGCUGUUAAGAUCUUCCUGUCAUAGUAAGUACAGCCUGUUUCUAUGAAACAACGCAACACCUUUAAGUUUUAUCUAAUACAAGACAAAAUAAAUGAUAUGCCAUUGGA